AUGUCUAUGAUUAGUGACCAGACUAAUUUGGAAGGAAAGCAUCUGUAUCAACUCACAGGAUGCAUACCAACAGCAGAACUAAGGCAAAAGCAAGAGAUUAUGAUGAGAAACCAGAUGAUGUCUGUCAAUCCUCAGGUUGUGGUGCCAGUCCAGCAAAGGAUGCCAUUUAUUCCAACCCAGUUUGACUCGCGACUGUUAGACAGAGGGGAACUAUUACCAUCAAAUGAUCUGAUGAUUCCCAAUGACACAAGACAACUGCAUUUGUCGGCACACUUUGGAUCAUCAAUUCCUGGUCAUUCAAGUGUCAUGCCCAACAGAGCUUUCUCUACUCCAGGUUACAGCAACUUUUUACACACUGAACCUUUGGAUUUUAUGGCCAGGAGACAGGAGCUACUACAGAAACAAGCUUUGAACAGGAUGGAUAUGGACAUUAAUGCAAUGUAUCACCAAAGAGAAAUAGAAAAGUCUCAUAGAAAAGGUUUUGUUGAUAUGGACACACCAUUUCUCUACCAUGGGAUGCCAUCCAACCCAGUAGCCUUCAGAGGUCGGCAGAUGUGUCCUGAAGGCCAGCUUCCCUCAGAUUUGUUUGUCCAUCGCAAUGCUCUGGACAUCCUUCACGGCAGCUCAAUUUUAAAGACCAGUCCAUAUACUCCUAUAAAUAGCUUGCAAAGAGAGAGAGCACGGAGACCAGGCAGAAGAGCUGGCAAUCCAAAAAUGACAGAGAGCAACAUGAGUGUGCCCAAGAGCAUAGCAGAAAAUAAACCCCAGUCUUCACCUUCUGCUACUGAAGAGGAGAAAGAGGAGAAAAAAGACGAGGAUGCAGAGGCCUUAACAAGAUGUGACCAAGAAAAAUCAAAUAGAGAUUCUGCAACAGAAAAGACCGUGAUGGAAACCCAAGACAACCAGGAGAAGACAAGUAAUCCUGUUAAUUCCAUGUCCAACAGAAGUAGGACUGGGGCUGACAAGGAACUUACCAAUCCAGGGCCAACAUUUGAUGACAGAUACCUUUACCAGUCUCCAGUUCACCUUUCAACAAGUCCAUUCAGCUUUCCAGUAGCAAUGAAUCCUUCUCUGCUUGCAGGCGGACAUGGCCUCUUCCUGAAUAGAGAAGAGAUGCCCACUCUUCAGGAUAUUCGUAAAUGGUCUUCUCAGGAUGUCUAUAACUUUGUGUCCAGCCUGCCAGGAUGUUCUGCUUAUGCACAGGUGUUUAAAGACCAUGAUAUUGAUGGACUAACCCUCCCUUUACUGACAGAGGAUCACCUCUUGGACACAAUGGGGCUGAAGCUUGGACCUGCACUCAAAAUUCGCACACAGAUCUGCUGUCGCCUGGGUAACAUAUUUCAUAUGACAAGCCUGCCAUUACCUGGUCCUGUGUCAUCGGCAGCUCCAGUGCCGUCAGAUCAACCACCUGAAGUGAUAUCACCUACCACAUGUAGCAAUAGUAAUACAACUGCACCUAGUCCGUGUGCUCAUGAUUCUGACACUUUACGAGCUACAGAUAUAGCAACGACAGAAAAUAAAGAGAAUCCGUGUGAUUUGUCAGCUACACAAAGUGAUUUUGCAGUAAAUUUUCUGAAAGUCUGA